UUUACAAAGAAAAACUAAAAAACUUAUAGCCAAGUAAGAAAAACAAAACACAUUGGAACCCUUUAUGUAAGUUUUGCCCCUUAAAGCUAUAAUUUGUGUGUGUGUUUUGAACAUUGAAGGUAGCCAGAAGAUAAUGCGUUUAUGAGGAAAUGUCAGCAUCCGAUAAUCGUCUAGAGAAGUUUACUGGCUUGACUCUUGACGACGUAUUAGCCAAAAGGAGAUUAGAUAUACCGGCAGCACCUAACCAAUCACCUCCAUCCAAGAGUCGGACCCUAUUCGACAUUAUCAGAGACGACGAUACCAACAGAAAAGACCGUAGAUCUUGGAAAGCCUUCAAGGACAAGCUUCGACUCAAGCGCGCUGGCUCUGCUUGGACAUCAUCAAUUCAUAUUCCAACUUCAGAUAUUCCUGUUCAAAAUCCAAACAGUAGAAGUUUUUCUCAAUUAGGACGUCGUGACUCGGUUCGAAUACAAAGUCACUACGACUCAGACAUGUCAACCCAACCCAUGACUCACCAAGUGGACGACCUCGAUCCAUCAAAGGGCAACAAUGCUCCGGCCACUAAACCUCAGUUCAGUCGCCGUAGCUCCACCCGUUUCUCAGCUGACUCCCCGGAAAAUUCUCCUGGUCGGGGAAAUCUCCACCCACAACUGUCACGGCGAAAUUCUACCAAUGUGUCGUCGUCGUCAGAGCAGUUUCACCGAGGACGUGUGGUGACUUUUCGGGACAGCUUCGAUGAGGAUGAGCCUGAUGAUGACAACAAGAAUCAAGAAGCAGGGAGGACACUUUCAGCGAGGGAGGCAGUGGCAGCACAGGAGGCGGCAGAAGCUGCAGCAGCGGAAGGUGCUGAGGCUUCAGGAGGGCAUCCAAUGAUGUCACUAAUGGACUUACUGGAGGAGACUGAUAGAGAGAUGGGAUUGGAAGGGGCGAGGUAUGUAUUGAGUGAUGAUGAAGACUAUGACGAUGAUGAUGACGAUGAUGAUGAAGAUGAUGAUCAUAGAGGAGGUGCUAUGGAAGGCACUUGUUGUGUUUGCAUGGUGAAGCACAAGGGUGCUGCUUUCGCACCUUGUGGCCACAGUUUCUGCAGGAUGUGUUCAAGGGAGCUUAUGGUGGCUAAGGGAAAUUGUCCACUCUGCAAUAAUUUCAUUUCAGAGAUUCUUGAGAUAUUCUGAUUUUUUUGUUUUUUUUGUUUUCAUGUUCUGAGGUCUCUUUUGUUUGAGCUGCACAAGUGAAGUUCUGAGAUAGUGAAAAGCAUGAAUGUUCUAAUUAGAUUAUAUACAUCAUCACUAUUAGAGCUCCAACUAAAUCAAAUGGUUGAACUUGUGCUUCCAACAAAACAUAUUCAAGAAGAGCUUAGUUAUCAUUCAAAUGUUAAACAAUUAUACUUGUCUUUAGUAUGCAAAUAACGAGUGCGUAUGUGUAGUAAGCAACAAGAUAAAGUGAGGCUGCAUUAAUGUAUCUGCACAUUUUUCAUUCUCAUUUUGUUCAAAUUUUAA